GCCACGUAAGCAGUGCCACGUCAGCAGUGCCACGUCAGCAGUGCCACAUCAGCAGUCAUGUCAGCAGAGCCACGUCAGCAAACAUGACGGGCCUGCCAGGCCAACUGGCCAAUGAGCCCAUUGCCGACUACAAAAAGCGUUUCCAAGCUCAGCUCGCUGCAAUCGAGGCUGAGGAACAACGCCAGCUGGCAGUCACGCCUGCCCAGCUACAGGCUGAAGAAGCGGCAACAGCAGAGAAGCUGCGGCUACAGGCCGAAGCAGACGCAGAUGCCCAGGCUCGCCGCAAGGAAGCCCAGGAUCUGCUGCUGCGGCAUGAAGCCAACAGCAUCGACAGACUCAAGUACUGGCAUUUUGAACCGAACGGCGACGAGGCAACACCGGAAGAGCAGCAUAAGGAGUUCUUGGCCAAGCUUGUGACCAGGCUGGUUUACACAUGUAACCACCUACAGUUCGAGCUGGCAAACCUUCAGCGGUCUGUGCGGAACCAUAAGACUCAGCACGAGGAUGUCGCACGGGGACUGGACGCCCGUGUACGGGACCUGGAACAGGCUGUACUAGGACCAGCUGCUGGGGCUUCCAGCAGUGCAUCCUCUAGCCGCCAACUGGAGGAACGCGUUGACCACGUAGUGGCAAUGCUAGGAGACAUAAGUGCCUUCACAGAGCCGGCCACCAUCAGCCAGCGGUUCGAGUUGCUGGACACCAAGCUUAGUCAGCAACAGCAGACCGACCACAGCCACAACAACAGCUCGGCGAGGCCAUACAAGAUGCCGAUGUUCCGGAUCGAAAAAUUUGAUGACUACACACAUCAAGACCCGGUUUCAGACCUGCAUAAGGUCUCCUGGGAGGAUAUGACAAAGGAAUGGAAGAAGCGGUUCAUAGUGGAUGACGCACCCGCGCUCGCCAUCAACGGCAUCUUCGCGAUGGCUCAAGGGAGCACACCGACACGUGACUGGCUCACGGAUUGGCAGAAGAUCGUGGCCACGCCCGAUCUGGACUUGCCAUUUCCGCAUCUGCGUCGUGAGUUCUACAACAGGUCAUGCGCCGCUCUCAGCCUCGCACUUGGUGAUCGCGAGCAGUACAACACUUUCGCAGAGAUCAUCAACAAGGCGAGAGAGAUCAUCAAGACCAACAGGGCGGCCGCACACGAGAAGUCAACGUGGCAGCCAACCUAUGUGGAGAAGGUACGAACUGGUCCGCGACAGCAGCAGUUCGCUGCAGUCCAAUCGGACAGUGGAGAAGACCCAACAGCCACUCCAGCAUCACGUGAGGGAGAUCAGGUGGCUGCUGUCCAGCCGCGAAGCAACAAGCCCCGACUGAACGGGAAGGCGAAACCAGCAUCGCAGGCCGGAAACGGACAGCCAGCACCACCAUGGGUCAAGUUCGACUUGACCGAGGCCGAGUACAAGUACCGCAACCGUUACGGCUGCUGUUACUGGUGCAACAGCACCAAGCACAAGACCUCGAUUUGCCAAGAUCAGGCCAAGGAGGAUGUGCGGCCUCGUCUUAACUCAGGAAACUGAGUUGCGCAGGAGGUGAGGCGACUCCACCUCCCACUCCG